CGCCUGUCAGAAGCCUGUGGUGCUCCGUUUGGCUUAAACCCUUCCUAGGCAAACCAAGGGGACAGACGCACCUCACAUUCAGUGACAACUGAGCUACGUUGGAUGAAAACAUAACCGCCGUUGUAUAAAGUCUCUGCAUGGGGCUUUAAACCAACCAGUUUAUCAUAAUGGAGCACCCAACGAAGCAGCGUGCUCAAUUUAAAACGUUUUACAUAAUCUCUCCGACCGCCUGGAUCCGAAGCGCUCUCAUCCUCUGCGCGCUCCCGUCAGUGGCCGUGUCGAAGGACCUACCUCAGUGCAAAGAGACUGACUACUACUUCGAGUACACAGAGUGUGACAGCACGGGGUCACGCUGGAGAGUGGCCAUCCCACAGACCCAGGGGGAAUGCACUGGGCUCCCCGACCCCGUCAGGGGCACAGACUGCACCUUCUCCUGUGAUGCGGGGGAGUUUUUGGAAAUGUCAGCGCAGGAGUGCACGCAUUGCGACGCCGGAACCUACUCCCUCGGCAGUGGCGUCCGCUUCGACGAGUUUGACGACAUCCCCGCCGGCUUCACGAGUGUGACCACCUACCUCGACAGCGGGAACCACAUGGAGGACGAGCUCACCUGCAACGGCUCUUCUUGGGUUGCCCAGGGCAACUAUCUGGAGUCCAACAGGGAUGAGUGCACAGUGUCUCUGAUCUACGCCGUGCACCUGAAGAAGCCAGGCUCGGUCACCUUUGAGUACCAGUACGUGGACAAGAACAUCUUCUUCGAGUUCUUUAUUCAGAAUGACCAAUGCCAAGAACUGGAUCAGACGUCGGAUAAGAAAUGGAUCAAACCGACCGCUAAUGGAGAGUGGAGAACACACACAGUGAACCUGAAGUCAGGUUCCAACGUCCUGUACUGGAGAACCACAGGCAUCAUGGUGGACGCUAAAGUGGUGAAGCCUGUUUUGCUGAAGAACAUUCAGAUAGAGGGAGUGGCCUACACGUCCGAGUGUUUCCCGUGUAAGCCGGGCACGUUGAGCCGCGAGGCGGGCUCCUCGUCCUGUGAGCCCUGCCCCAGAGACACCUUCUCAGUCCACGGGGCCAGCUCCUGCACGUCCUGCGACAAGGACACGCAGUACUCCCCGGAGGGCUCUGCAGUGUGUAAGGCCAAACCUCCUUGCUCAAAGAAGGACUACUUUCAGAUACACACUACAUGCGACAGCGAGGGCAAGACUCAAAUCAUCUACAGGUGGAUUGAGCCCAAGAUCUGCCUGGAUGAUGUGAAGGGUGCGGUGUCGCUGCCCCCUUCUGGCGAACGCAAGCCCUGCCCUCCCUGCAACCCUGGUUUCUAUAACAACGACACGGCAACCUGCUCACCCUGUCCCCUGGGCACAUUUUCUGAAGGGAGCAAAGCAUGCCAGCGAUGCCCGGCUGGCACAGAGCCGGUCCUGGGCUACGAGUACAAGUGGUGGAACGUGCUGCCCGCCAACAUGAAGACCUCCUGCUUCAACGUGGGCAACAACAACUGCGACGGCAUGAACGGCUGGGAGGUGGCAAGGGACAACAUUCGCAGUGGAACGGGCGGCUCCGCUAACGACUACCUCAUUCUCAACCUGCGCGUCCCCGGCUUCAAGCUCCCCACAUCAGUCACCGGCAGCACGGGCAACGAGUUCGGCAGGAUCACCUUCGUCUUUGAAACCAUCUGUUCCGCAGACUGCGAGCUCUACUUCAUGAUGGAUGUGAACAGGAAAAGCACCAAUGUGGUGGAAUCCUGGGAAGGCAGCAAGGACAAGCAGUCUUACACACACAUCAUGAACAUGAAUGCCUCUGUGUCCUACACCUGGGCUUUUCAAAGAACCAACCAGGCCACAGAUGUGCGGCAGUACGUUAACGACAUCGUGAAGAUUUACUCCAUCACCGUGACCAAUGCCCUCGACGGGGUGUCAUCAUCGUGUCGCGCCUGUGCCCUGGUCACCCAACAGUCAGGCUCCUCCUGCGUGCCCUGCCCCGCCGGACACUACAUCGACAAGGGCGACAACCGCUGCCAGGAGUGCCCGCCAAACACCUACCUCAGCGGGCACCAGAUCUACGGACGAGAGGCCUGCGUGCCCUGUGGCCCUGGAAGCAAAAGCAACAAGGAGCACAGUAUGUGUUACAAUGACUGCUCAUUCUCUCACAUGGAGCAGAAUAAGACGUUUGUAUAUGACUUCAGUGCUCUGAACUCAGUGGGGUCCAUCAUGAAUGGACCCAGCUUCACCUCCAAGGGAACCAAGUACUUCCACCAGUUCAACAUCAGCCUCUGUGGAGCUGAGGGCCAAAGGGCUGCCGUCUGCACAGAUAAUGUCACCGAUCUGUCCAAUAAGGAAUCACAGAGUGGGGAGGCCACUGAAAUGUCCAGUGCAGUUGAGUCAUUCAUCUGUCAAUCAACCAUAAUUCCUGCAGAUGGGCGGGGCUUCAGGACAGCACUUUCCUCUCAGUCCAUCAGCCUGGCAGACUCCUUCCUGGGAGCUUCUGUGGAGAGCGCACUUGAUGGUGUCACUAUCAGGGCAGAUCUGUUCCCGGAGACCUCAAAGAAAGUACCAGAUGUCCACUUCUUUUACCGCUCCCCCCAGGCCACCGCCUCCUGUGAGAGUGGGAGACACGCCGUAGUGACCCUACGCUGCAACCCUGACAAAUCUGCCAGAGGAGAGCUGUCAGUGCCCAGUCAGUGCCCGGCGGGGACCUGUGACGGCUGCACCUUCAACUUCCUGUGGGAGAGUGCCAGCGCCUGCCCACGCUGCACUGAGGCAGAUUACCAUGAGAUUGAGGGGGCGUGCAAGGGUGGCGUCCAGGACACGCACUACGUGUGGAACGAGCCCAGGCUGUGCACCGCGGGCGUGUUGCUGCCGGAGAAGAAGACCUGGCCAUGCGAGGCCAUUGACUUCUGGCUGAAGGUGGGCGCUGGGGUGGGGGCCUUCUGUGCCGUGCUGCUCAUCUCCCUCACAUGCUACUUCUGGAAGAAGAACAAGAGGUUGGAAUAUAAGUACUCCCGGUUGGUGAUGUCAGCCAAUAAGGAGUGCGAGCUGCCAGCGCCAGACAGCUGUGCCAUCAUGGAAGGGGAGGGAGAGGAGAUGGAGGACGAGGUGGUCUACUCCAACAAGCCCUCCCUCCUGGGCAAGCUCAAGGCCAUCGCCACUAAGGGUAACGAAGACACCAGCGAAUCGGUCCAACUGAAGUCUUCGAAGUCAGAGCGAUGGGUGUGGGGAUAAAGAGAGAAAAAAGAAACAAGAUGCCGUGUCAGAGACUGAAGGAGAGAGAGAGUAAGAGAGAGAGAGAGAGGAGAAGAGAAGAGAAGAGAAAACCCAUCAGGGAAGAGAGGGAGUCAGAGAUGUUUCGACAGGGCCCCCAAGAAUCAGGAUUUUGACUCGGGAAGUUGUACAGUACCUAUCUGGUGGCCUUACAACCGGGUGGAGCACCCACUCCAAAGGGGAAUAUUUAUGACAAAUUCUGAUGGUUUCUGCUCAGGAAAAGAAGUGGAAAUUCAAAACAAAAAAAAACUUUAUUGAUUAUUUUUAUUGUAUUUUAUUGUGUUGUAUUUGAUUUUUCUUAAAAGUCAUUUUGUCACUGUGCUUUUUUUAUUGUUUCAAAUGGUAUGUAUCCAUUUGACUCUGUACAGAUGUGACCGCUCACCCCCACGUCCUCUUCCCCAUCCUGCCCCCCCCCCCCCCUCAGUGUCUCUCAUGCCUGGUCUGUGAGGUCCUCCUGGGCUUCACACUCCCAGACCCUCCCCUGACUCCUCUGGAGGAGGGCUGGCCUGUAAGGACCAAGUCAGAGGUGGGCCGGCUUGGUAAGCGACAGUGGCAGAGGACGCCUCGCUCUGCGCAUCAAAGCCUAUGGAGUUAUUCGUGUCAACAUCACAGUGUCCCUGUCAUGUCCUUAGAGUGACAUUCCAAAUAUGUGCGAAAUGGGUACUAAUCCUACAAAAGCCAAUAUAAAAGAGAAAUGAUUAAGCUAGCUAAAGGAAUGAAUGAAGUGAUCCAUGUUAUGAAAGGGUUGCUAUAGUCUUUAUUUUUUGCUGCUUGACACUCUUCGGUGCUGUUUUAGAAGCACAGGACCUUUUUGGGGUGACAUGAGGUACCAUAGAAAUUAUAACCUUAAAUGACAGCCUGAGCUAUUUGAUAUCAGUGUGCUGAUGACAGAUCAUGUCCUUUAUUUCUAGAACAUUACUACCCACCCAUCCAGCCCCCAACCCCUAUUCUCAACCCCUUCCCCUCUCCGCCCAUUCCUCCCCCCCCGCAUAUUUAAAGUAAAGGCAAAUGAUGUGUGUUUGUGUGCAGCUCUGAGUGGAAUUAACUCAGCAGUCUUUGGUCUGUCAGUGAAUUUUUUUUGCUUUGUUUUUCUUUUUUUUUUUCCUUCCUUGUCUUUCUCUUUUUUUGUCAUAAUAAAUACUUGUUUGCACUGAA